CAUCUGAGAUUCAUUAUUCCUUUUUUAUUAACGAACAAAUUGAAUAUUGUAAUAACACGGUUCAAUUUCAGACUAUUAAGAUAAUUGAUAAUACUACAUGUGUUUUUGACAAUGCAAUUAAUGAUCCAGGAUCUUAUUCAUGCACAAAAGAAAAUAAUACUGACCUUUUGCAAAUCUCUACAAAAAGACCUUGCAGUAUACAAUGUGCUUAUUUUUGGAAAUUCUCACAGAAUUCUAAGACAGUUGUUCAUGCUGUUUAUGAAUGUGCAAAACCCAAUAAUCAAACAAAUAUUACCGUAAAAUAUUUAGAUGGAAUCCCCACAAUACGUACUGUUUUUAUCAAUGUCCCGCCUGUUCCAGAAAAUCCGCAUAUGUACUUUCUUCAAUAUUUUGGUGAUGAUUGCUUAAUCUAUUCGCCAAUGUUUGGUUCCUCUAGCUGUUCUUAUGUGCCAGAAAAAGAAAUAUACAAUCUUACUCUAUCUGAUUAUGAAAAUAGUUAUAAUUUCUCUAUUCCUAUGAAUAGUACUUCUACUGAUACUCUUACAGUGCAUAAUGGAUUACCUAAAGUGUAUAACUUUCGAUAUAAAUUAGUAUGUAGAGACUUGUUAGUUUCAAUAUACAUUAUUGAGAAUUCUUGUUUUGCUACCACAUUUAGAGAUUAUAAUUUUAGUACAUAUGAUUUUAACAUUGAUCUUAGUUCUAGGUUUUCCAGGGAAAGAUGUACUAGCCAUGGUCAUGUCUUCUUAACAGCAUGUAUUCCUCACGAAUAUUUCACGUUUAGCUUUGACCCGAAUAAUCCUGAUAAUAUUACAAGUGAUAAUGAUAACAUUAAUAACAUUGUUUUUUUAAGACCUUUUCCUGACAUUAAUUCAUAUACGUCUACAGAAAUUGCAAUAAGUUGUUUAUUUGGCGUCAAUGUAGUAAAUUACCAGUUGAUGGUACCUCGAUAUAAUAUUUCCGAAUGUAUCGAUUCUUAUCUUGAAGAAAGAUCUAUGGAUUCUACUGCUUUUUACAGUCAAUUAGAAAUAGGCCAACCACCUUCUUACCCAUGCAGUGAUGUUCUUGAUGCUGCGAAAAUUUUGUGUGAAGCUUAUACAAAUUAUGUCAAUAACUUUUUAAAUUACUACUACGGCUUGAUGAAUGCAAUUGCUGAAGUUGGCAACAUUUUUACUGGUAUGGUCAUUGAUCUUACGGCUAAUCCAGACCAAAAUGCUAAGAGAGAUAAAUUAAAUGAUAACAGCUGGGUAGAAAUAAUAAUUUCCCUAGUGGGUUUACCUUCAGGAGGAGGCCAAGCUAUAUUAGGGGCGAAGACUUAUUUAGGGUUGUUUCCAUUAUUAGAAACUAUCGCAACUAUGAUAUUUUCAUUCUGGCAUAAAGAAAAUUCAGGUCCUUCUCAUGAUCCUCGUUUAUUGCCUAUUAGUUUUUACGAAUUUGCAGAUAUUCUUUUAAGUUUUGAAGAUAAUUCGACUGAAAUAUUUAGGAAAUCACUUAAGAUAACUGAUAAUAUGGUCGAUAGAAAUCAUUCCUUAUUAAUAAACCAAACAUUGGAAGAACUUGUAAAUUUUCAAAAUGUGAAUAAUUCAGAAGAAAUUCGUCGAACAUAUGUAACUGAACUUAAACCAAAGUUAGCUAGAUUGGUACUGAAAGCAAAUGAUGUAAAAAUAUGUAAUAACUAUCAGAAUUAUUUAAAUGAUUUUUGUGUUGUAUCAAGUUGCAAUGGAAUGCGCGGGUGUCAUUUUCCACCAAUCUUCUGUCAUAAUCGCCCUGGGUAUUUAGAUUAUGGUAAUUUUAUUACGAGAUGGGGUUCAAACGUUAGCAAUAAUGUUCGUGAUAAUCAUGCUCAACCUUCAGAUGUGAUAUGUUUAUUAAGUAAUCUAAACUUUCAAUGCCCUCAAGUCGAAAAAAUUGAAUAUUAUGGGGUUAGUUUAUUUGAUCUUUGUAAUACUACAGAUGCUGAUGAUCCUCUGGGACUUUCCAGUGUCGAAUGUCAUAAUGAUGAUUUUUAUUGUCAUGAUGGCAAUAAUGCUUGUUUUGGAACUUA